UUAUUGCUCUACAACAUAUCCAAAGCCCAUCAAAAUCGGUGAAGCACAGUUCCGACUGUUUCCUUGUCAGUGUAAGUCCCGUUUCCGCAUUUUUUUGGAAAGAAAGAAGCAAGAAAGCAAAAUCGUUCUAGAAAACCACCAACUUUAUCCUAUUCGUUCAGUUGCCACACUUCAACUGCCCGCAGAAACUGAUCAUGCGACUAAAGAAUCAUUAAUAAUGCAAGGACUCUACACAACCUCUAGAUGACAACUGUUCUUCAUCCAUUGGACUAACUUUCCUCAGCUAUAAAAGAUAUCAACAUGCUCCACAUGUUUCACGUUUACCAUAAAGUUUUCUCCCGUCUCCUGCACGUAAUGUAUCGUCGAACAAAAAAAGUUUUCAUAUGUGUGAUCGCAACCAUAUAUGAACGUGCGGUGCCAAAAAGAACACGAACUAAUAAAAGCGACGAACCCUUAAUGACCAUUACACGUUCUCACUAUCAUAAUUUAUUUAUUCACUCCUUUGUCUAGCAAAGUACAGCAACAAGAUGAUAAUAUAUCCUCUUACACGUCAUGCAAAUUCUGGUUGCCGCAAUAUAUACGACGAUACGAUGUAAUAGAACUUUUGCGUUUGAAGAAAUACGUCUCAGGCAUGCAUCGUAAUAACACUUCGUACAGGUCGGAUCGUCCUUCAUGAGUGAUAAGAGACAAUACUCGUUUGACCUUAGACAUGGAACGUCGGACGAAUACAAAGAUUUAGAAUGGGCGAUUGGUAUAAAUCGACUCAUGUUGAAAAUCAUCGGUUUGUGGCCACCGGACAAUCGAGACCCUCAUGAGAUUAUAAAAACGAAAUUUCGACUAUUGUGCAGCACUAUUAUGGUGCUUUUCAUAUUGGCAAUACCAGCUUUUAUAUCACUGAUAAAAGUAUGGGGCGAUAUGAUCCUAAUGGUAGAUAAUUUGAUAUACAGUCUAUCCCUGUUCAUUGCUCUAUUCAAAGUUUUUACGAUUUGGUAUAAACGAAAAGAUUUAGCAUCUCUGAUUGAUAUGAUCGCGACAGACUGGAUGAAACCAAAGACGAAAGAGGAACGAGACGUUAUGCUAAAACUCGCAAAGAUCAGUCGUAUGAUCGCUAUAUGUGGAUGGCUCUUACCAUGUAUUCCGACGUUAACUUGUUUCGCACUUGCAUAUUUUGGAUUGACUCUCAGAUACGUGACGAAUCUGACAGACCCUGGUAAACCCUUGAUGAUACAAACGCACUACUUCCACGACGUUUCCAAGAGUCCGCAGUUUGAGUUGACGUUUCUGGCCCAAGGAAUUGCUGUGUUCAUAACAAGUAUCUCUUAUUAUGCGGUCGACCAUUUCCUUGGGCUAUUAGUCUUGCACGUAUAUGGCCAGAUGGAGAACCUGCAUAUCCGACUGACACAUAUGGAGCGAUAUACAAACUUUGAUACGGUAUUAAAAUACAAUGUCCAGGAUCAUAUCCGCUUAAUCAGAUCCAUUGAAAUCAUCGAUGAUUCAUUCGAUUUGUUGUUGCUUGUCAUAGUAGCACAUUUCGGCAUAAUAUUUUGCUUACUAGGAUUUCUCAUAGUUAAUGUUCUUAAUGACGACGGCCAAUUGUCAUUUAUGCAAUUAGUUUGGUUCAUUGCAAUGACCAUAUCCGUUUUGCUGCAUAUGUGCCUUUACUGUGGCGUUGGCGAAAUUCUCGUGACGCAAUGUGAAAAGAUUCAUCGUGCCGCAUACGAAUACACGUGGUACACUUUAGAUCCAAAAGUAGCGAGGAACUUAAUUCUAAUAAUGCUACGUGCAAGCAAACCACUGUACAUCACGGCUGGGAAAACAUUUCCCAUGACGAUGGCAACGUUUUGCAACUUGUUAAAAACGUCAACAGGUUAUAUAUCUGUCUUGCUUGCCAAUCAAAAUUAAUAGUGAUAUUAAGAACAUUGCGUUCCAACAAUUGCAAUCGUUUAGUACAAUUAAUUAUCAAAUAAUAAAAUAUGACAA